AUGGCCACCACAACCUUGAAAGUCGAGGGCAUGACUUGCGGCGCGUGUACCUCGGCCAUUGAGACCGGAUUCAACGGUGUUGACGGCGUUGGAAACGUGUCGAUUAGCUUGGUUAUGGAACGAGCAGUCGUCCAGCACGACCCCAGCAAGAUAUCCGUGGAUCAAGUCAAGGAAAUAAUAGAAGACCGCGGGUUCGAUGCCGAGGUCUUGUCCUCUGACAUACCCGCUGCGAACCAGGGUGUUGAUGAUCACUUUUUGAGCGAUUCGGAGGAUGAAGAGGAACACCAAGGCUCGAAGAUGUCAAUCACCACCGUUUCGGUUGGAGGCAUGACAUGCGGCGCAUGCACUUCUGCUGUGGAGAAGGGGUUCGCGAAUGUUUCUGGUGUACAGCAUUUCAGCAUAUCUUUGCUUUCCGAGCGAGCCGUCAUCGAGCACGACCCGGCCAUGAUUACCCCAGAGCAGAUCGCCGAGAUCAUCGAGGAUACUGGGUUUGACGCGAAGGUGUUAGAAACAAAAGCCUCGGCUCCUGAGAAGAAAGAACGCCGGAGCAGGAAGCGCAAGACGUUGACUACCACAGUGACGGUGGAGGGCAUGACAUGUGGGGCUUGCACCGCUGCGAUUGAGGAAGGCUUUAAAGGCGUAGACGGAGUGCUUCAGUUCAACAUCAGCUUGCUAGCCAACCGAGCGGUCAUUGUCCAUGAAGCGGCGAAGCUUUCCGAGGCGCAGAUCGUGGAGACGAUCGAGGAUAGGGGCUUCGAUGCCAAAGUUAUCUCAUCAGUGGAUGCGAAUGCCCAGACCUCGACGUCCUCAACGACCUUCCAUCUGAAAAUCUACGGGCUGAAAGACGCAAAAUCGGCCCAGGAGCUAGAGACAAACCUCCGCGCCAUGUCAGGUAUCUCAGCAGCAACAGUCAACUUUAGCACAUCCCGGGCGACAAUCACACACGAGCCACUACGACUAGGCUUGCGUGCCAUAGUCGAGUCCAUCGAGGCUGUUGGUUAUAACGCAUUAGUCGCCGAUUCUGACGAUAACAACGCUCAGCUAGAGUCGCUCGCAAAGACCAAAGAAAUUCAAGAGUGGCGGCGAGCAUUCAAAACUUCUCUUACUUUCGCUAUACCGGUCUUCUUGACUGGCAUGUUUCUCCCUAUGUUUCUCCCGAUUCUAGAUUACGGCAGUUUUGAAAUUUGUACCGGAGUCUGGUUGGGAGACGUUGUGUGCCUCGUCCUCACAAUUCCUGUCCAAUUCGGCAUUGGCAAGCGAUUCUACGUUUCCGCAUUUAGGUCCUUGCGCCACGGUUCGCCUACUAUGGAUGUCUUGGUUGUUCUGGGUACAUCUGCAGCAUUUUUCUUCAGUGUGGUGGGCAUGCUUGUCUCGAUACUAAUCCCGCCGCACACGAGACCAACAACGCUAUUUGACACUAGCACUAUGCUUAUCACUUUCAUCACACUUGGUAGGUUCUUAGAGAACAGAGCGAAAGGGCAGACCUCAAAAGCUCUAUCACGCUUGAUGUCUCUAGCGCCAUCCAUGGCCACUAUCUACGCAGAUCCAAUCGCAGCGGCUAAAGCAGCGGAAGGCUGGGAUGUUGCGUCCGAUGAGAAGAACGGCUCUGCAGAGAUGGAUGGCAAUGCUGCCGAGGAGAGAGUUAUCGCCACAGAACUCAUCGAGGUCGGUGACGUUGUCAUACUCAAGCCUGGCGACAAGAUUCCUGCCGAUGGAACAGUCACUCGUGGGGAAAGCUACAUCGAUGAAAGCAUGGUGACCGGCGAGGCUAUGCCUAUUCUCAAGAAGAAAGGAGCGCUCCUCAUGGCCGGUACUGUCAACGGCAACGGAAGAGUCGACUUCAUUGUCACACGAGCCGGACGCGAUACUCAGCUAAGCCAGAUUGUGAAGUUAGUCCAGGAAGCCCAGACAAGCCGCGCUCCAAUCCAGCGUCUGGCCGAUGUUGUUGCUGGCUAUUUCGUUCCCAUCAUCAUCACUUUAGGUCUCGCUACAUUUGUCUCAUGGAUGGUCCUCAGCCAUGUUCUGCCGAAUCCACCCCGAGUCUUCCAGGACCACGCUAGCGGUGGCAAGCUGAUGGUGUGCGUCAAGCUCUGUAUUGCUGUCAUUGUCUUUGCUUGCCCAUGCGCACUAGGCCUCGCAACUCCUACUGCCGUCAUGGUCGGUACUGGCGUGGGUGCAGAGCAAGGCAUCCUCGUCAAAGGAGGUGCUGCUUUGGAGACAGCCACAAAGAUCACCCAUGUUGUCCUCGAUAAGACGGGCACACUCACUGUUGGCAAAAUGAGCGUGUCGAAGGCCGAUAUCAAAUCCGAAUGGGCAGGUGAUGCGAGUAAAUCACGGCUAUGGUGGACAUUGAUUGGUCUGGCAGAGAUGAGCAGUGAGCAUCCGAUUGCGAAGGCCAUAGUCCUUGCCGCGAAAGACCAUAUCAGAUUGGGUCCCGAUGGGUCUCUUGAUGGGAGCGUCGGCGAGUUCAAAGCAAUCAUCGGCAAGGGUAUCACUGCAACUAUCGAAGCUGCCAUAUCUCCUGAGAGAAAGCGAUAUAACGUCCUGAUCGGUAAUGCCACCUACCUGGAGUCGGAGGGAGUGAGCAUGGUCCCGUCACUCGAAGAAGUGCCCAUUACCCCAGCAGGCGCCGCGAACCCGCGAAGCAAUGCUCCCCAAGCUCGCUCAGCUGGCAUCACCACUAUCCACACGGCCAUCGACAACGUCUACGCAGGCUCGCUCUCCCUCUCCGACACCAUCAAACCUUCCGCCAGAGCCGCCAUCGUCGCCCUCACACGCAUGGGAAUCUCCGCCUCCAUCGUCACUGGCGACACCAGCCCCUCCGCUCUCGUCGUCGCAUCGCAAGUGGGCAUCCCGCCCGCCAACGUCUACGCCUCCGCCACGCCCUCGGACAAGAAAGACAUCAUCGCGUCGCUGCAAUCCCAAGGCAAAGUCGUUGCCAUGGUGGGCGACGGCAUCAACGACUCGCCCGCGCUCGCCUCGGCCGACAUCGGCAUCGCCCUGUCGACGGGCACCGACGUGGCCAUGGAAGCGGCCGCCAUCGUGCUCAUGAGCACGACGGACCUACUCGCCAUCCCGGCGUCGCUGCUGCUCUCGCGCUCCAUCUUUGCCCGCAUCAAGCUCAACCUCGCGUGGGCCACCAUGUACAACCUCGUCGGCCUGCCCUUCGCCAUGGGCUUCUUCCUACCCUGGGGCCUGAGCUUGCACCCCAUGGCGGCCGGGUUCGCCAUGGCUUGCAGCUCCGUCAGCGUCGUGCUCAGCUCGCUGCACCUCAAGUUCUGGACCCGCCCGGCGUGGAUGCGUGUGAAGGCGCUGGAUCCGACAGCCGAGCUACUUCCGAUCUCCGGUAUCGUGGAUCGCAUUCGGCAGUGCGCGCUCCAGCUUCUCGGGCACGGCUUUCUGGAUCCCGAGCGGGACCUUGCUGGCGGCGCCGCCCUCGAGGGCGUGCGUCGUGUGCUUGUUGGCCGUGUUGGUGCCGCUGGCGCUGGUGUCGUGGAGCUAGAGGACGGCGUUUAG